GGUGAUUAUUCAAUGUUCAAAAAUGUUGUUUUGAUCAAUUUUUUUUACCGAAUAUCAAUGAAAAAGUUCCGCUGAUCCAAUAUACAUAAAAAAGAUAAGAUAUGCAUAUAGCACCGAAAUCUGCUGGUGGCUUCUUUGCCUACUUCAAGACUGAACCUGGACGCAGACUAGUCUUUUACACAGCGGGCGCCACGACUAUUGGCCUAUUUGUUGGAAACUUCCUCCCCCACACAUUUGGACUGAAAUAUUACCGCGAUUUCGUGCAAUGCUACCAACAUGGCGUGGAAAGGCCCGUGCCUGAAGCAGUAAAGAAACGCCUGGAACAAGCGCUGGAUAAACUGCAGGUGGAACCCUUUGAGCGCAAGUUCGUCAAACCCUUCACCGUGUUCGGCUUCGAUCUGUUUCAAGCUGGGACCACGAAAUUCCGAUUCGGGUCCGCUCUGGGCAUACCUGUGAACUACGCUUACGACAGUCCCGCAGAGAUAAAGCGGCCUGAUAUCCGCUUUAGGGACAAGCAAAUUAAUUGGAGCUCUCCCAGCGGAAAGCUGCUGGAACAAGCUAUUGUUUUGACCGAAGAUGAGCAGGUGUUUGGCCUGAGCAAGGCCAUCCUCCAGUUGCAAACGUAUCGUGUGCUGCUUAACUCGAUAUUCCCCACCGUCAGCUUUCUCAUGGUGUACACCAUUGGGCAUUAUCUAAACCUGCGCCUUAAUCUGUUUGCCCGCCAUGGCAGCGUCCGCUUUGUCCUCUACUCCAUACUGGGUCUCUUCGGCGUCGGCAGUUGGACGUUCAUGAAAGACUUUAAUCAGGUGUCCACGGAUGCUGAGAUUGACAAGAAGCUGGCCACCUUGGGGCCGCAAUUUGUGGCCUCAGGGGCCAGCUUCUAUGAUAAGCAUUUGAAGAAGAACAUUGCGUUGAGGGAACUCAUUGGAGAUAACACCUACACCGCCUUGGGCAAUGAGAAUUAUAUGCUGCGUCAGAAAUCCAUGCCGUUGACGGCACGCAAGUCCUUUUUCUUGGAAAAGUUGAAAGAGCUGCAAAAGGCGCAAGCCCAGCAGCCACCGGCCGAGUCCCAAUAAACAUAUUUUUUGUUACACUUUGAA